AAGUCCCAACAAACAGCUUUAUUUAACUCUCACUAAGUGUGUUCUCAGGAACAGCUUAGACACUUAAGUACAGAAAAGGAAAAACAACCUGACAAGGUGUUUGUUUCAUUCUUGCAAAGAACCCAAUGCAAAGAGGUCUUGGAACUUACAACAUCCGUGGUGCCAGUGUGAGAGCGCCUCAGUGCCUCGUGCUGAGUUUGGGACUGCAGCAACGGGACAAAAGACAUAAACGAGGGGGGACGGGAGUCAAAGAAACACAGGAACAAGCCUGCAAAAACGCUCAGAGAAUCGGAGGAGACGGCAUGUUGAUUAGAGCUGAGUUUAAGAGAGAAUCCUGACUGUGGGGGAGACGGAGGCAGACAGAGAGACUGAGAAAUAAAUAGAUUUGAAGCUCACAGACACAAAAGAGGCUGAGAAGCUCACCUGCAGCCAGACAGGUUGAAAAAUUGAUAGACAUACAAGAAUUCAUGGUGCUGGCCAUGGCUGUAGGCCUGCUGCUGGGAGGAUAGAGUUCAGAUCAACCACAUCCACACUGCAACUUCCUAAACCUUCAUCCAUCCUCUUUUAAUCUGACCUGAAGUCAGUGUCUCAGACCCAAGACCCCUCCAUCUCCUCCUUUUGUGCCCCUCUUCCUCUUAGCCAUCACCACAUUGCCCAGGUCCUGCAGUAGCAAAACUGUCAAAAGACAGUUAUAUAAUCGCACAGACUAGAUAACCAGUCAGCUGUGUACUUAGAGUGACUGUGCGACAGUCGCCUGUUGCAGAAUUGGACAGACAGCGGCCUUUUAUUCACGCACAUGGACUGUUGAUGAAGAAAGAUGGCAGUGAGACUGGCAGGCGCCGUCCCUUCCUCUCGGCCACCCUCCCUCCCUCCAGUGGCCGUGGCUCGGACCGGUUAAGGUUUGUCUGUUGGCAUCCAUCGCAGCAUCGGCAGCAGCUGGCAGAGCGCGGGAAGGAGCAGUAUGCAGGAAACUGACUUACCGGCCACAAAUGCCUUUAAAGAGUGCAAGUUCCACUGCACCAAUGGGAAUUGUUUGCGUCUGGGCUCGCUGAUCUGCAACCAGCUGAAUAACUGUGGGGACAACAGCGAUGAGGAGAACUGCCCCGUGGUCACCCAGCACCCUCCACCGGGCAUCUUCAACUCUGAACUGGAGUUUGUUCAGAUCGUCAUCAUCAUCGUGGUGAUGACAGUGAUGGUGGUGGUGAUCAUCUGCUUGCUCAACCACUACAAGCUCUCCACCUGGUCCUUCAUAACAAGGCAGAGCCAGGCCCGCAGGCACGACCAUGCCCUGCAGCAGGAUGGGUGUCUGUGGCCUUCAGACAGCAGCUCUCGACAAGGUGCCUCGGAGGUAUUAUAUGCUCCCCAGGCCAGGGAUCGCUUCACCGCUCCCUCCUUCAUGCAGCGCGACCGAUUCAGCCGCUUCCAGCCCACCUACCCCUACCUGCAGCACCAGAUCGACCUGCCACCCACCAUCUCGUUGUCGGACGGUGAGGAGCCCCCGCCGUACCAGGGUCCCUGCACCCUGCAGCUUCGUGACCCCGAGCAGCAGAUGGAGCUCAACCGCGAGUCGGUGAGGGCACCGCCCAACCGGACCAUCUACGACAGUGACUUGAUCGACAUGGGAGGAGGCGGGGGCCUUGGAGGGGUGGGGGGUGGAGGGGGAGGAAUGGGAGGAGGCGGGCCGAGGCCGCCAAGCAGUAACUCGGGCAUCAGUGCGGCCAACUCCAGCAGCCACGGGCGCAUGGAGGGCCCCCCGCCAGCGUACAGCGAGGUGAUGGGCCACUACCCCGGCUCAGCUUUCUUUCUACACCAGCACAGCAAUAACCAGAGGGUGGGGGGGCCGGGGAGCAGGACGAUCCAGCAGCAGAGCCAAUCAGAAAGCACAAUAGUACCUGCCAAGGCCAAGGACGGCCAACCGGAGGACCUGGUGUGAAGAAAAAGGGUAGGGGGGCAGGCGGGGCUACCCACCCCUGACUGAAAGCUGUGUCUCCUCUUCACCCCUGAUCACCUGUAAGCAGUGGUCUCUCUAUCGCGCGCGCUCUCUCUCUGUCUCUCUCAUGUCCUCUCUCCACACUCCCAUGCACAAAUAAAUAUCAACCUUAGCUACAACAAAACAAGGAAAGAGGAACCAAGAGUUGAUUUUUCUGUUUCUUUCCAAUGUUAGUCAUUCAAACAGCUAGCACUGCUGGGGCAGGAUGUAUGCACUGCGUGGAGAGUUUUGUUUUUGUUUUUUUUUUCCUCUAUAUGAGAAAGAAACAUACUGCUAGCACAGAUUGAAACGAUUUGCUUUUUCGUCCCCUCGGGUGACGUGCUCUGUCCCCGGGAACUGAGGAUGAUGUUUUUUUUUCUUUUUUGUUUCUUUUUCGGACCGGGAUCUGUGCACAAAGCGAGAACUGAGAAUCAAGGACUUAACAGAGAACACAACAAAAACAAGAGACUCACAAACCCAAAUCUUAGUGCCAAGGUUCACAAGGAAGCAAAGCAAAGGGGGGAAGAAAUGACUCGUUCUAACAUUCAAAACACAAAAAAGAAAAGUUAUCUAAAAGUUGCACUAUCUUUUUGUUGUAAAAGAGAAGAGGGAAAUUAUGCUAUGUGAUGAUAAUGAUGUGUUUGUUUUUUCUCUCUCUUUUUUUUCGUCCUUUUCAUGAAUGGACUGACUGACUGAACUUUGCCUCCAAAGUUGUUUAAACAGUUGGGAGCAAAAAAAAAAAAAGUAUUAUAAGCUUAUGUCCUUCCUUUUUUUG